UAGAGCACAUGACUCUGCUGGCGAUAUAAACAUACAGCGACAUUACAGGAUAAAGUUUAACAAUGUCGUUACGAGGCGUUUUGAAGCUUACGCGCCGCUUAAAUGUUGGGUUUUUGUACUCGCUUUCCCCAGCAAGCAGAGCUGGUGUGAAAACAGCAGAUACUCACAAAAGACACAGCAGCAGCAGCAGCAGCAGUUCAGAGCUCAUCAGCCGCUAUCCAGUCCCAAACAGGAAGAACCUGCCCUUUGAUAUUGUGGAGCUGAUGGAGGAGGUUGAACAGAAGGGAGGGUUUCUGCCCAACGUCUUCAAGGCUCUCGCCCAUCGUCCUGCUGAAUUUCGGGCUUUCUUCUCUUAUUAUAAUGCCCUCAUGAACAAGGAAAGCGGUGGUCUGACAAAGGCGGACCGGGAACUGAUUGUCGUCGCGACCAGUGCUCACAAUCACUGCUUGUACUGUGUGGUAUCCCACAGUGCAUUGCACCGCAUCUAUUCCAAAAAACCCAUGCUGGCCGAUCAGGUGGCGGUUAAUUACAGGGUUGCGGAGCUGAGCGGCCGUGAGAAAGCCAUGCUGGACUUUGCUCUGACGGUCUGCAGGAGUGAGACGGUGACCGAAGAACAUCUCGGCACCCUGGAGGCUCAUGGUUUCGACCGAGAGGAUAUUUGGGACAUCGCUGCCAUCGCUGCUUUCUUUGCUCUGUCCAACCGCAUGGCCCAUCUGACAGACAUGAGACCCAACACGGAGUUUUACAACAUGGGGAGAGCGCCGAGAGACAAAGCUAAAGCCUCUGAGGGGCAGGGCAAGGACGAACAGACUCGUAUAGAUUAAAGUUCUGUAUUUUUUUUUUUAUCACCAAAUCCUUCAAUUCCUUCUCUAACUCUUUCACUAAUGUUUGUACGCUAAGCUUUUACGCUUCUUUGAUUACGCGCUUUCUGUGUUAAUCUUUAGAAUGGGAAAUUCAUCCUUGUGUCCUUUUUGUGGGUUAACUUUGUAGUUAUUUAUUAAAAAGAGAGAGUUACACAAAUGCAUUCACAGAUCACAAUAACUUACAGCUGUGAGCAGGGUUAUUGGUAUUUAAAAACUAAAAAAGGAGCAAAACACUUCACGUUGUUUAAAAAAAAUAAACACUACCUGAAAUAAAAUGGUAUAUAUUUAAAGUUUAACUUAUUAUUUUUAUUUAGUUUAAUUUGAAGUACUGAACUAGCAAAUUAAAUUAUGUAAAAUUUUUAAAAACAGCAAGCAAUAAAUUACAGAAGCAAAAACAAAAACAUAAAUUCAAAACAUUCAUGAUAGUUUUAUUGGUUAUCUCUGUAAAAUAACACUGGUUUUAGAGACAAAGCUUGGAUGCAUUUUUUUGAACGACUCUCUUUUGCAAUCAGACAAUCACCUAAUUUAUUAGUUAUUUCACUGAUAUUAUUAGCUGCAUUUAUUAACUGAAUAACAGAGUUGCUGAUCAGGCAAACAGAAUUAUUUUUACUAUCUAAACCCAUUUGCUUCAGCGCUGAGACGAAGCGUUAACGUUUUCUCUCCUAACCAGGUUUCAACAGGUCUUCUGAAAUAUUUUAAACAAACCAUGCUUUAUUUGAAAUGAUUUUUGACUUUUGUCAUGAACUGGAGACUUAUCAUUUGCAUGCAGCCAAACUUAAAUGGAAAAAGUGAAACU